AUGAUCUUUGAAUCCUAUUUAAAUAAUUCAUCCAUGAUUAGUAUCUUAAACAAUUAACCUUAAGAAGGUAUCUUAAUUGGAGAUGAUUUUACAAUGAGAAACACCAGUUGGGUUAACUCCAAUCUUAUAAACCGCACUGUUUAGAUAAGAACAAGUCUUAAUAAUGGUCACAUAUACUCUAAUCUCUUAGAAAACUCAAGUAUUAUCUCGAUUAGUUCUAAAAUCUCACUUAGCUAAAUAACAAUAUCAGAAACUUCACCUUUAUUUUCUCAAUUCUUAUCCAUAAAAUAAAUCACUCAAUCUAGCAAAUUUAGAUGCAACAUAACAAAUUUGGAUGCCAUAAAUAAUGACCUUUCCAGCUCGAAUAUCAUUCUCAUAUUUUCGUCGCUUUAAACAAAUUCCAUAUAAAUUUAUUUAAUAAAUUUCAGCAUCAAACAUAAUAAUUCAAAUGUUCUAGUAUAAAUAGUUUUGAUAAUAGUGUUAGAAAAAUUUUAGUAUAUUUUAAAUAAUGUAACAAUCUCAAGAAUUCUCAAUGUUGAUGAAUCAAUUGUAUAGAUUAGCCCAAGUUAGCAAAGUUUUUCAUUUUUAUAUUCAAUUAUUGAUAUUACUAAUCUGUAAUUUAUAGAAAAUACCCUCAUUCAAUCAACAUUGUUUGACCUAUAUCAUGCUUAAUUAUAGAAUCUGAUAACAAGGUUAACAUAAAUCUGUAUAAUAUUUCAUAUGUUGAAAACUUUCUCCACUCUUAUUCAAGUGGUGCAGUAAGCACCAUAGUGUGUUUUAUAUCCAUAUUAUAUAAAAAACUUACUUUAUGAAAAUAACGCCUUGACUAAUACCUCUAAUUCAUUGAUGAUUAUAAGAUCGGAUACUUUAAUGAUGAAUAACUUUACAUUAAAUAACCUCAAUUUUUAAGAAUUAUGGAUAAAUCAUUAUGACAUUCAAUUUAAUGGAGAAUUAAAUUAAGAUAGUUUAAAUGACUUUGUUUUUGAAGCAUUACAAGUAAAAAAUAAUGGAGGAGGUGCUGGCCAAUUCUUAGUUUCUAAUAUAACUUGUAUAAAUUGCUCAUUUUCAAAUAUCUUGGUGAUCGACUGUUUUAUACUAGACAUAAUAACAAAAUCAGAUGGCAACAUAAAUUUUAUGAAUAUAAAAGUAAAUUGA